CACCUUUCAGUGAAAAGCAAGUUUCGAAGUAGAAACUAGAAUGGAAGGUAGAGGCUCUGACAGGAUCAAUGUAAGCUUGCGUAUGUUACCAAAAUUAUCCCGCUUGUAUGAAAUCUCUCUCAGCAAGCUUCCAGACGGAUAGAAUGGGUCGGACCAUCAGCAACAGCAGGUACAUCACAGCCCCCCACAGGGCUUGGGGGCAUCCAAUGUGAACCCCCUAUGUUAGGGCCAGGGGACAUCAAAUGUGAACCCCCAACACCAGGAAUGGGGGGCAACCAAGGAGACCCCUCAUCUGUAGGAGUUUAUAGUGCCAGCAAUGUUCCUCUGCCUCGCACACUAACAAACAAACACCCAGUCAUGUACCUGAACGAAUUACGGAGAAAUAUGACGUAUCAGCUAGUGUCGGAACAGGAAGUAGACAAGGAGAAGCUGUACACGAUGUCCGUUCUGGUGGACGGACAGACCUUCAUGGGGACGGCCAAGAACAAGAAACUGGCCAAGAUGGAGGCAGCGCGGCAGGCACUGGAGACUCUGUUUAAUGCUGUGUAUGUCCCAGAUUUGGAAAGUCAAGUGGAUCAGAAAGAGGAUACAGUGGCAGUUCCAGAAGUCAAAGUUGAGCCUGGUGAAGGGGAAGAAUCAGGCAUCAUGUUGGGAAAACGGAGGUUCCCUGAAAAUGGGACACAGAUCAUCCUAAACAAGAAGAGGAAAAUCCAGAGUACCCCAGUCACCAAAAAUGCCCUGAUGCAGCUGAACGAAAUCAAACCGGGGCUGGAGUUCCAGUUUGUUGCCCAGUCAGGACCAGUUCAUGCGCCGACCUUCAUCAUGAGUGUGGAGGUUAAUGGGACAAAGUUUGAGGGUCAAGGUCAGACUAAGAAGGCAGCUCGUUUAAAUGCAGCAGAGAAAGCGUUGAAGUCCUUUGUUCAGUUCCCUAAUGCUUCCGAAGCACACAAGGCCUUAGGAAGGGAGGUUGUUAAUAAUGAUGCUGAUUUCACUUCCGACAGUGCCGAAGCUUCCAAUGAUAUCCUGUUUAAUAACUUUGAGACUGGAUCGGAAAAUGGCGCUUCAGGUGAUGUGUUAAUGAAGGAGAAAAAUGGAGUUAAUAAUUUGCCAAAGGGUCGGAAAUCUGUAGUUCCUUCUGUACCCGACGGUAAAAACCCUGUAAUGAUCCUAAAUGAGUUAAGACCUGGACUAAAAUACGAUUUUGUGAAAGAACAUGGUGAAAGUCAUGCCAAGCAUUUUGUGAUGUCUGUGGUUGUUGACGGGGUUAAAUUUGAGGGAUCAGGACGCAAUAAGAAGCUAGCCAAGUCCCGGGCAGCUCAGAUGGCCCUCACCAAAUUGUUCAACUUGGAGUUCUCCACGCAUCCAGGUACAAAGCCUGUUCCUAAAGAAUCUCACACAAAUGUUCCUCAGGAGUUAGCGGAUCUUGUGUCUCGUCUUGUCCUGGAAAAGUUUUGUGAUUUAACUGAUAAUCUGACCUCACAGUACGCUAGGAGAAAAGUGUUAUCUGGUAUUGUCAUGACAACUAGUGACUCAGAAGACAGUGCCACAGUGAUUUCUGUAUCCACGGGAACCAAGUGUAUAAAUGGGGAGUACAUGAGUGAUAAAGGACUCGCGGUCAAUGACUGCCAUGCUGAGGUCAUGGGUCGAAGGUCAUUGAUGAGGUUCCUGUAUUUUCAACUUGGAAAACAUUUAUCUGGAAAUCAGUUAGAAAAAGAGUCCUCCAUAUUCCAGCCAAAAGAGGGAGGAGGAUUCAAAUUAAAACCCAACGUUCACUUUCACCUUUACAUCAGUACGGCGCCGUGUGGCGAUUCGAGGAUUUUCUCUCCUCACGAGGCAGCUCAGGAAGUGGAGGGCGGGGACAAACACCCGAAUCGUAAAGCGCGAGGGCAGCUGAGGACGAAGAUCGAGUCGGGGGAGGGGACGAUUCCCGUGACGUCCUCGGGAGGGAUACAGACCUGGGACGGCAUCCUCCAGGGAGAGAGGCUCUUAACCAUGUCCUGUAGCGACAAAAUCGCCCGUUGGAACGUCCUCGGAGUUCAAGGCAGUCUACUUAGUCACUUCAUAGAGCCAGUGUAUUACGACAGUCUCAUCCUCGGUAGCUUGUACCACGGAGAUCACUUAUCUAGAGCCGUCUACUCUCGAAUAUCAAAUAUGGAAAAUAUCCCACCCCCAUUCCGUCACAAUCAGCCUUUUAUGAGUGGAAUCAGUAAUCCAGAGAGCCGACAGCCGCGGAAAGCUCCGAACUUCGCCGUCAACUGGUGCGUGGGAGACGCAGGUCUGGAGGUUAUCAAUACGAUGACGGGAAAGACGGAGCAGGGGGCAUCCUCCCAGGUCUGUAAACACGCCUUCUUCAAACGAUUCCUACAGCUGUUCGGCAAAAUCCCAUCCUUCACGGGGCAGUCUGUUACUCAGCCCCCACGGACGUACGCUGAUGCAAAAGCCACGAUGACGGAAUACCAAACGGCAAAACAGCAGAUGUACUCAGCUUUUCAGAACGCAGGGCUGGGACGUUGGCUUAAGAAGCCUGAAGAACAGGACCAGUUUAUUGUGUCUAGCUGAUAACGUGGUGUUACUUUUACGUCUUAAUUGACUCUAAAUGUUCAACAUUUGUCAGAUCUCGUUUGAUAUUUUUUCGCAUUAGAUUAUAGAAGUUUGUAUUGUGCUUCAGUUUAAACCUGACAUGAAUGGAAGUAGACCAUUUGGGAAUGUAAGAUCUCUGUUGGAAAGAAUGAUGAAGAUUUCAAUUUAUAUUUUUGUAUCAUUAUUGUCAUUUUUAGCUCUACUGGUCAGAGACCAGAAGAGCUUAUGCGAUAGUAAUGCGUCCGGCGUCCGUCCGUCUGUCUGUCUGUCUGUCUGUCUGUAAACAAUUUU